UCGUCAGUUAGCUGUCAGUCACAUCACUGCCACCUGGAUGGAGGGCGUUGCUUUGCAAAUCUAAAAUAAUAAAAAUAUUAUUCGUAAUUACUCGCGUGCUCGCUGUCGUUGCUAAGGAUUUCAGUUGUGUAGAUGAAAAAUAUUUUUUGAAAUGUUUUCCACCGUCCCCAGAUCUCUUUUAUGUUGUUCCAACGCGAUAGUCCCGAACCGGGCGGUAGCGUUGGCGCUAGCGAAAUGUCCCGGGUUCGAGUCUUCGGCGGUGCCUUGCCGGGAGUACCACGAGGUCACCGGCAACAUAAUCUGCCCCAACGUAGUGCGAGGUAUCGAUCACCUGAGGGACCCUCGAUUAAAUAAGGGUCUCGCCUUCACAUUAGAAGAGCGCCAAGCCCUUGGCAUCCACGGUCUCUUGGCGGCGAAAUUCAAAAGCCAAGAGGAGCAACUGGACAUCUGCAGGAUAUCAGUGGAUCGGUACGAGGACAACCUGAAUAAGUACCUCUACCUCGUCGAGUUACAGGACAGAAAUGAGAAACUAUUCUUCAGACUCCUGGCUGAGAACAUUGAAAAAUAUCUGCCUAUUGUAUACACACCAACUGUGGGACUGGCCUGCCAAAGGUUCGGUCUCAUCUACAGAAGACCUAGAGGUCUCUUCAUCACCAUCAAUGAUAAGGGGCAUAUAUUCAACAUUCUUAAAAACUGGCCAGAACCCGAUGUCCGAGCGAUCGUAUUCACUGAUGGCGAGCGUAUCCUCGGGUUGGGCGACCUUGGCGCGUACGGCAUGGGAAUCCCUGUGGGGAAGCUGUCUUUGUACACCGCGCUCGCUGGCAUCAAGCCCCACCAAUGUCUGCCCAUCACCUUGGACGUUGGUACCGAUAAUCAGGAUCUUCUGGAAGAUCCGCUGUAUAUCGGAUUGAGACAAAAGAGAGCGCGAGGCAAGGAGUACGACGAGUUCAUUGAUGAGUUCAUGGAGGCGUGCGUGCAGAGAUAUGGACAGAACACACUGUUGCAAUUCGAAGACUUCGCCCUAGCGAACGCCGGCCGGCUCCUCAAGAAGUACCGCAACAAGUACUGCACAUUCAACGAUGACAUCCAAGGCACUGCCAGCGUGGCGGUCGCCGGGCUAAUGGCCGCCGUUCGGGUGACGAAGCGGAAGCUCAGUGAGAAUAUUUAUCUGUUCCUUGGUGCUGGCUCCGCCGCCAACGGUAUCGCGAAUCUGACGGUGGCCGCGAUGGUAGCUGACGGUCUAUCAGAGAGACAGGCUCGGGAAAGAGUCUACAUGUUCGACGUGGACGGUCUACUCUCUACGAGACGCGAGGGCGGUGUGCCUGAGCAUGCGAAGAACUUCGGCAAGGAUAUCGAGCCGGAGUCCGACUUUGAGAAGUGCGUCGCUAAGAUCAAGCCUAGCUGUUUGAUUGGGUGUUCAACGGUCGGCGGUGCUUUCACCCCUAAUGUUUUGAAGCAAAUGGCGAAAAAUACAGAGAGGCCCGUCAUUUUCGCCCUGUCUAACCCCACUAGCAAAGCGGAGUGCACCGCGCAGGCUGCCUACGAUAACACUGAGGGUCGUUGCGUGUUCGCCUCCGGCUCUCCUUUCCCUCCCGCAGUCUACAACGGCAAGGAGUACCACACAGGCCAGGGCAACAACUCGUACAUAUUCCCGGGAAUCGCGCUGGGAGUCAUCGCCACCGCCACCCAUCAUAUCCCGGAGACUAUGUUCCUUACCGCCGCUAGGACGCUUGCCAAUUACGUGAGCGAAACAGAUCUGUCCAUCGGCCGCAUCUAUCCCUCGCUGGCCGAGGUUAAGGAGGUGUCUGUGGCCAUCGCUAUUGAGGUCGCUAAAAUGGCGUACGAUGAAGGCCUGGCCUCCGUCUACCCCGAGCCUAAAGAUCUGGCGAAACACGUUCAAAACCAAAUGUACAGCUAUUACUACGAGACCUCCAUGCCAGUUGUAUGGGACUGGAAGCCUGAGGAGACAUUCAACGUGCGACCCAUCCAGCCAGUGCCCAAAAACAUCUAAACAGUAUUAUUAAUUUUAAAUAACUUAUUUCUUACCGGUAUUAACUUUGACGAUUUACCUAACGACGCGUUGACUUCAGAUACCACGUUUGUUGGAUGGUUCUAUAGCUAAGUUCAGGCAGGCGUUUGCCUGUGGUAUCACGUCAACUGGAGUGUUUCAUAUUUGUUCCAUUUGUUUCAUAUGUGACGCUGUUUACAAAGCUUUUUAUUUAAAAAACACGCUAAACGACUAAAGGAUGUCGAGUAACAGAUUCUGUUACACAUUUGAGUAUUAUUUUUAAGUCAAAAUCUUUGACUGUUCACGUAUUUAUUAUCAUUUAUUUUAUUUAAAAUCUGGGUAACAAUAAUUGUUGCAUAAGAUAUAAUUAUCGAUUACAAUACAAUGAUGGAAUUUAAUGUUCUUAAAUAAUGUUGAAUGUUGUAAGGAGUUAGUCGGAUAUUAUAUUCAUCUAAUCAUAUUGCAUGUAGUGUUUUUGACCGUCAUAAGUUUACGUGCGGGUAGUGUAGUAGUGACGCUAUAUCGAUGUUACACUUGCAUGUUCAAUGUUAAUAAAUAACGGGGCCUUUGAAACACAUUGUUUAGCUUCUCCCACUAAAUAUUUACGCACUGGCGACUUACGUAUCUAUAAAAAUUGUGUGAUAUUUGUUAAAAUCUAACUAGCGUUUAUUUUCACGUUUUUAUUAUGAUUUAUAUUUGGAAUUUAUAUACAGAAAUUUAAGUUGACGGGCACAUGAAAUAUUUGUAGUUGUUUGUUUAAAACAAAAUUUCGCGUCGCAGUAUAUUUUGCUAAGUCGCAUCAUUAUGUUAUAAUAAUUUUAUUUUAAGUCAUAAAUGAAAUGUUUUAUUAUGAAACAAUCGUCCUACUUAAUGUUGUGAGUAUUAUUUUAUAUUUGACAGUAUGACUCGUAUACGGGAUGUACAGGCGACCGCACAUCAGGUUUUACAGUUUUGUUGUAAAGUAGCACUUAUUUCAAGUGAUUAAUGCCCGUUUUCACCAUCAAUCCCUAAUUUUUUAAGUGACCCCUAUGGUAACACAUAACAGGAAUUUUGUUUUCAUAGGGGUUACUUAAAAAUAAGAGAUUGAUGGUGAAAACGGGCAUAAGGCGCUACAAUGAUUAUCUUGAUGUUCCGUCGUCCGUACCUAACAAUCAAACUCUAGUCACUGCAGCAUUACAUUUUAUGGAAUGGAAUAUCAUCAAAAAAUUAUAUGCAGGUCAUGAAUUUUUUGCAUUUUCUAUUAUGAAUAUUUUAAGACAUGAACCAAUAAUGUGAAAUGAAACAUUUAGAACGUAAUACGUAGAUCGUUUAAAUUAUGAUAAUAAAACAAGCGAAAUGUAGUGCCACUAUUUGGGAUAAAAAUAAAAUAGAUUCAGUAUUGAAUUAGUAUUAUCGAACUUGUUUACUGUAUUGCCAUAGUAUUAUGUAUUGUAUUUUGACAAUCAUGCUUUGAUCUAAGAAAAAGAAACAAUAAGAUGUGUGGCUGUCCAGUAAAGAAUUUCUGAAAAAAUCAACACAUUACAUACCUAUUAAGUAAAUAUUUAAUUUCAUCCUACUGUAUGUCCCAUUAGAUUAAAAAAACCCUUCGGUCGUAGUAUUAAUUUAAUUCUGACUGGAAAUUUAUUGUAGUUUUAGUUUUUGAUGUACAUUUUGUAGUGAGUCAGUUUUAUUUCGCUGAGCGAAAGGAACGAGUUUGUUUUAAGUAUUUCAUUUGUUUGGUCUAUUUAUUUAUGUGAAGUAUCUUUGAUACGAAGUGAUUAUGUUGCUGUGACGAUGUAUAUUAUAAAUUAUGGGUAAAUAUAGCAGCUGUACAAAUACAGAAUUAACUUUGCCUGUCUGAUCUUACAGUUAAUUACGAUGGAAUUGUUUUAUUGUGAGUUGUCAAUUAUCAUGCAAUAUUAAUUGUUCUAUGAUCUUGAUGUAUCAGGGUCUCAUUUAUUUUUACAAUUUCUUAUUUAGGUCAAUUAUCUUGUUCCCCCCUCCCGCAAAUAACGCAGCUUAUAGAAAAAAGUUAAUGUAUGUUUAGUUAGUUCAAUUGUUACAAAAACUAUAGAUGUUACUAAUUAAACAUGUUCAAAACA